AUGAAACUGCCGGAAUACAAGGAUCGGAACACGUUCCAUCGAUUUGACAAAUUCAACGCGAAGUACAAUCCUAUUGGUCAGAGCCAGCUUCGAGAGGUUUUCUUGAAGACUGAUAAUUUCAACAAGGGAGCAUUUUUUGCACACGUGCUCAAGGAAGUCUUCUCUGAUCUGGAGGAGUCCAAGUACCAGAAUGCCGAGCCACGCCUUUCGAUCUAUGGACGUUCCAUAACGGAGUGGGACGAUCUGUCUACCUGGGCUAUCGAUCAUAAAGUCUACUCUCCAAAUAUCCGCUGGAUCAUACAGAUCCCAAGACUUUACGAUAUCUACAAAUCAAAAGCAGCCAUCUCUAGUUUCCAGGACAUGAUCACGAACAUCUUCCAACCGCUCUUUGAGGUGACUCUCAAUCCCCGCUCUCAUCCUAAACUAUACGCCUUUCUGGAGUACGUUGUUGGCUUCGACUCGGUGGACGACGAGUCCAAACCAGACACCACACACAUGGAUAUGCUUAUUCCUACUCCCGAGAAUUGGACAAAGAAUGAGAAUCCUCCCUACCAUUACUACAUUUUCUACCUCUACGCGAACAUUGCGCGACUGAACCAACUCAGGGCGCAGGAUAUCAUGCAUAUCUCAGAAAAUACCAUCAACGGUGUCCUAACUGAAAUAUUUUGCAAUUGCCUGCUGCACUACCCUGCUCUGCGCUGCCCCUCCCUCGGGUCUCUGACUUUAUUUGACGAUGGUCUCGUUUCAGCCAUCGCGGCAUGCAUACCUUCGCUCUGCGACCGCAUUGCGGCGAAGCAGGCAGUGCCAGUCAUCUCAUCACAGCCUUUCUUCUCGCAAACUCCAUCAAUCACGGCCUCCUCCUGCGCAAAGCGCCCGUUCUGCAGUACCUGUAUUACCUUUGCCAGGUAA